AUGAAUAAGAAAAGAAAGGCCUUCCCUUUCACUGAAAACUUGCCACCGAAUGCUCACCUCAUGGGACCAGAGCGGCAAGAGGGAGACAAGAGUGACGUGAUGAAGAUACGGACGGUCACAUGCUGUGUGAGAUGCUCUUCUUCCCUCUCCUGCCGGAACUCUAACGUCCAUCGUUUUGCCGCCCUCUUCCGUCUUGGGUUUCUGACCCGCCUCCUCUCUGCUCUCUGCCGCAUGGGUCAGCAUGCCCGCCGCGAAUCUUACCCUUCUUCCUCCGUCUCUUCCCGUUUAGAUCAUAUGCGGCACCACCCUCGUCGGCUCGAGUUUCCCGAGAAGGACAAUGACGUCGUCUGCCCGUUCGGCAACCUCGAAGGCCUCGACCAGGAUGACAUCAGGGAAACCGCCUACGAGAUCUUCUUCACCGCAUGUCGAUCGUCACCGGGCUUUGGGGGAGGACGGAACGCUCUCACCUUUCAUUCUAGCCACGAGAAUGGGGAUGGUGGCGGGUCCAAGCCGAACCAGGUGGUGAGUCACCCGACCAGCCGGGUGAAGCGGGCCCUCGGGUUGAAGAUGUUGAAGAGGUCGCCGUCGAGGAGGAUGGUGGCGGGAGGGAGCAGCGGAGUGUCAUCGACACCGUCUUCACCGGUGGGGCAGGGCGGAGGUAGCCCUUUGGCGUACUCGGCGCCUCUGAGACCGAGGCGGCCAAUGACAUCAGCGGAGAUCAUGAGACAGCAGAUGCGGGUGACAGAGCAAAGCGAUAACCGCCUGAGGAAGACCCUCAUGAGAACCCUGGUUGGCCAAAUGGGAAGGAGAGCAGAGACGAUAAUCCUACCUUUGGAACUGUUGAGGCAGCUGAAGCCAUCAGAAUUCAACGACUCGAACGAGUACCACAUGUGGCAGAAGAGACAGCUCAAGAUCAUGGAAGCUGGUCUCCUUCUUCACCCUUCCAUCCCUCUCGAGAAGAACAACACAUUCGCCAUGCGUCUCAGGGACAUCAUCAAAUCCGGCAACUCAAAGCCCCUCGACACCGGAAAGAACUCCGACACCAUGCGAACCCUCUGCAACUCCGUCGUCUCCUUGUCCUGGCGCAGCGCCAACGGCACUCCCACCGACGUCUGUCACUGGGUCGACGGCUAUCCCGUCAACAUGUAUAUCUACACCUCCCUCCUCCAAGCCAUCUUCGACAUUCGCGAUGAAACCCUGGUCCUGGACGAGGUCGACGAGCUCCUCGAGCUCAUGAAGAAGACGUGGUCCACGCUUGGGAUUUCCAGGCCCAUUCACAACGUGUGCUUCACCUGGGUGUUGUUUCUGCAAUACGUAGAGACGGGGCAGGUAGAGUCGGAUCUUCUGAGUGCGGCUUACGCGAUGUUGAUUGAGGUGGCGGCUGACGCCAGGAAGGAGAAAGAGGCGUUGUAUGUGAAGAUAUUAACGUCGGUGUUGGGAUCGCUGCUGGAGUGGGCGGAGAAGAAGUUGGUGAAUUACCAUGAGUAUUACGUGAGAGGGACGGUUGGGCAGAUCGAGAACCUUCUUCCACUGGUUUUGUUGGCUUCCAAGAUUCUGGGCGAAGACGUCACCAUCUCUGAAGGGGAAGGCCCUGACAUUACCAUUGUGGAUUCCUCCGGUGAUCGGAUUGAGUAUUACAUUCGUUCUUCCCUCAAAAACGCUUUUGACAAGAUGAUAGAUGCGGAGAACGAAAAAGCAGCUGAAUCUGAGAUAAAGGAGGAGAUGAGUCAAAUUCUGGUUCGGCUAGCCCAGAAGACUGAAGAACUGGCAAUGAAGGAGAGGGAAAGUUUCAGCCCAGUGAUGAGUAAAUGGCAGCCAACGGCCGGCGCUGUGGCUGCCAUGACGCUGCACAACUGCUACGGACAUGUGCUGAGGCAGUACCUGGGUGGAGUCAUCUCCCUCACCACUGAAAUGGUUGAGGUGUUGCAGAGAGCUGGAAGGCUUGAAAAGCUUUUGGUCCAAAUGGUGGUUGAGGAAUCUACAGAAUGUGACGAUGGUGGCAAAACCGUUGUGAGAGAGAUGGUUCCGUAUGAAGUCGAUUCGGUCGUCCUGAACUUCUUGAGAAGAUGGAUUGACGAAUCACUCGACAGAGGGAAGGAGUAUUUCCUUAGAGCAAAAGAAAUUGAAACAUGGAAUCCCAAGUCCAAAUCCGAGCAACAUGCACUAUCAGCUGUGGAAUUGAUGAACUUGGCAAAGGCAACAGUGGAAGAGUUCUUUAAGAUCCCAAUAGGAAUUACAGAAGAUUUGGUUCUAGACCUUGCUGAGGGAGUGGAAAGUAUCGUCCAGAACUACACCUCAUUUGUUGCAGCAUGCGGUUCAAAGCAGAGCUACAUUCCGUCACUUCCACCGCUAACUAGAUGCAACAGAGACUCCAAGUUCCUGAAGCUGUGGAGGAAAGCGGCCCCUUGCAGCAUGACAUCAGAAGAACAAAGCAUGAAUGAAACAAAUGAAGGUCAUCAUCCGAGGCCAUCAACGAGUCGUGGCACGCAACGCCUUUACGUUCGUCUCAAUACCUUACACUACAUGCUUUCAUGCAUCCAAUCCCUUGACAAAUCCCUGUCGCUGAAAUCAGGAGUAGUUCCUUCCAGCCACCAUCGGUUAGGAAGUAGAGGAGGGAGGCCACCAAGUACUAGUGGCUCAGCCUACUUUGACAUAGUGGCAACUUCCAUUCAAGCAGCCUGCCACUAUGUCUCAGAAGUUGCGGCCUAUCGUUUGAUCUUCCUUGACUCAAGCUCUGUCUUCUACGAUGGUCUUUAUCUUGGAGAUGUGGCCAACUCUCGGAUUCGCCCUGCAUUGAGAACUCUCAAGCAAAACCUCGCAGUGAUGACUGCAAUCCUCACAGAUAGAGCUCAAGCCUUGGCAAUGAAGGAAGUCAUGAAGGCCUCAUUUGAGUCAUUCCUUAUGGUUCUUCUUGCUGGUGGAAGCUCCCGUGUGUUCAACCGGUCGGAUCACCAGAUGAUCCAAGAGGAUUUUGAGAGCUUGAAGAAGGUUUUCUGCACUUGUGGAGAAGGACUAAUAGCAGAGGAAGUGGUGCAGAGAGAGGCUGAGGUGGUGGAGGGAGUCAUAGACUUAAUGGGUCAAAGUACUGAUCAAUUGGUAGAAGAUUUCAGCAUUAUAACCUGUGAGACAAGUGGGAUAGGAGUGAUGGGAAUUGGCCAGAAGUUGCCAAUGCCUCCAACCACAGGAAGGUGGAAUAGAUCAGACCCCAACACAAUACUGAGGGUAUUGUGCCACAGAAAUGACGGAGCUGCAAAUCAAUUCUUGAAGAGGACAUUCCAAUUGGCAAAGAGAAGGUGA